AGUUCCUACUGAGAACAAGGCGUGCAGAGCUCCGAUCACCAGCACUAUGCUCCUUGGGCUUGGAUCCUAGAUCCCCCUCGUUAAACACUGGUAAUAGCUGCUCUGGCCCUCAGCAUCCCACGCUCACAGACUGACAGAAAGAAAGAGGCAGAACAGGAAAAAGGAGGAAGAGAAAACCUGCAGCCAAGUGGACUAAAGCAGCAAAGAGCGAGGGGAAAAGGGUGCUUUGCUUACACCGCUGCAAAGUGGGAAUUUAAAGAACUGCAGAGAGAGAAAUCCCAGCUCCCCGCCACACACACAGCGCAGAAUUAUAGCGCCAGGUAGAAAUGACAUCAACGGGGAAAGAAGGCAGCGGAGCUCAACAUGCACAAUAUGUUGGACCCUAUCGCCUGGAGAAAACCUUGGGCAAAGGACAGACAGGGCUUGUGAAGUUGGGGGUUCACUGUGUAACAUGUCAAAAGGUCGCGAUAAAAAUUGUCAACAGAGAGAAGCUCAGCGAGUCGGUGCUAAUGAAGGUGGAGCGGGAAAUAGCUAUCCUGAAGUUGAUAGAACACCCCCACGUUUUAAAGCUGCAUGACGUUUAUGAAAAUAAAAAAUAUUUAUAUUUGGUGCUAGAACAUGUGUCAGGUGGGGAGCUCUUCGACUAUCUCGUAAAAAAGGGAAGAUUAACGCCAAAAGAAGCCAGGAAGUUCUUCCGACAAAUCAUCUCUGCUUUAGACUUCUGUCAUAGUCAUUCAAUAUGGAGGGCACAAGGAGGGUUUGAAGGUCUGUAUGAAUAUUGA